AUGGUAUACUUGGGUUUCCGGGGUAGAUCGCUUAGAACCGUGCUGAGCUUGGUGGCGGCGACAGCAUUUGCACUGCAAGGAUAUGAUCAAGCCGUCAUGAAUGGUCUCUUAACAUUACCGACCUUCCUCGGUGUGUUCCCUGGAAUGGCCAACGCCGCCAUCGAAGGAACCGUAGUCGCCCUUUAUGAGGUCGGCUGUGCCUUGGGCGCUCUGUCCUGCGCAUUUAUCGGCGACCCCCUCGGCCGGCGUCGGACAAUUUUUGCUGCUGGAUGCACAGCUCUGGUCGGUGUUAUCCUGCAAUCCUCUACUUUUGUACUCGGACAGCUGGUUACUGGCCGGAUCAUCACAGGGCUCGGCGUGGGCGCGUUGACGGCCACUGCGCCCAUGUGGGUGUCCGAAUGUUCCAACGCCCGUGAACGGGGCCAGCAUGUCUUGAUGCAAGGCUUCUUCGCUAUCGGAGGUAUUGUCGUCGCGUCGUGGUUGGAGUUCGGGUUCUACUUUAUCAAGAAUAGCUCCGUGAACUGGCGGUUCCCCAUCGCCUUCCAAGCAUUUUUCUGCUUAAUCGUCGCAUCCCUCGUCCUAUUCCUACCAGAGUCACCCAGAUGGCUCGUCAAGCGCGGCCUUUACAAUGAGGCCCAAUCCGUCAUGGGCGCCUUAGAAGACUGGCCCGCCAAUUCAGCCACAAUCCAGCAAGAACUAGACCAAAUCCGCACGACAUUCGCCGACGAACAGGACAGACCAUCAUCAAUAUGGGCCAUGGGCCCAGACCGACCAUUCCACCGCACCGUCCUCGCCAUCGGCGUCGCCCUCCUCGCCCAAAUGUCCGGCAUUAACAUCGUAACAUUCUACUCCACGUCCAUCUUCGAAGGUCAGCUGCACUACAGCCCAACCGAAUCGCGGAUCUUCUCCGGUUGCAUCCAAAUCUGGCAAUUCUUCGGCUCCGGCCUAGCUAUCUUCUUAAUCGACCGCUUCGGCCGCCGAAAUCUCCUCAUGGCUGGCGCCGUCGGCAUGUGCGUCGCCCAAGGCUGUCUCGCUGGCCUAACGUCAAUCCGCGGUAACAAAGCUGCCGGAGAAGCAGCUAUCUUCUUCUACUUCGUUGCUAUGUUCUUCUUCCCGGUCAGCUUGUUCCUCAUUCCCUUUAUGUAUGCGGCGGAGAUCUCGCCCUUGUCUAUUCGACACAAGGUUACGGCUAUCAGCGCAUGCACGAAUUGGUUGUUUAACUUCCUCGUGGCGGAGGUGACGCCGCAAGCGAUGCGGAAUAUAGGGUAUCGGUAUUAUAUUGUGUAUGCCUGUAUUAAUGCAUUUUCGUUUGUGGUGUUUUAUCUGUUUUAUCCCGAGACGAAGGGGCGCUCGCUGGAGGAGAUAAAUGAUAUCUUUGUGAGAUCGAAAAAUGUCUUUGAUCCUGUUAGGGUUGCGGGACCAUUGUUUGUGGAGGAUGGGUCUGAGGUGGAGCGGAUUAGAGAGCGUAGUGAUGUAGAUCGGGUGGAUGAGAUUGAUACGGAACCUGCUGAGGAGGGUGGGAAGUGA